CGGGGCGCAGAAAACAAAAGCAAUAAAGGUCUGUGAACUCCAUUUAAAAGCCUAACAACUCCUCCACCACUUGGACAAGCCCUUAGUUCUCAGUUCAGGUCUCUUCUCCACCUUCAACCAUUAAAGAGCAGAGCAGAGCAGAGCAGAAUCCCCAAACUGAUAUAUCUUAUACACAGAGAAUUAUGAAGCUGGUUUGGUCUCCGGAUACAGCUCUAAAAGCUUAUAUUUAUACUGUUAAAUCGUGUGAAAAUUUCAAAGAAUCGGGCGUACCUGAGCUCCUAUCCGCCAUGGCCGCCGGCUGGAGCUCCACGCUAAUCGUCGAAACAUGGACAUACGGCAGUCCAAUAGCCACAAGCAUCGGAUUAGCUGUCGCUGCAUAUCACACUUGCGGAAGACACGUGUGUAUAGUCCCUGAUGAACGGUCACGAACAGAGUAUGUAAAAUCGAUGCAAGGCGCGGGCAUGACGAGGACGGAGGUGAUCGUAGGGAAAGCGGAGGAGGUGAUGACGGAGCUUACGGGGGUGGACUUUCUGGUGGUGGAUUGUAAACAGAGGGAUUUUGUUAGGGUUUUAAGGUUCGUUCAGUUGAGCCAUAAAGGCGCUGUUUUGGUACGCAAGAACGCGUAUCAGAGCGCCCUUUCUGGGUUUGGAUGGCAUGGGGUGCUUAAGAAAGGGACACGUGUCGUGAGAUCGGUGUUUUUGCCAGUUGGGAAAGGAUUGGAUAUCGUGAAUAUAGGGAGUAGUGAAGGAGGUACGAAUUCAAAGAGGAGUCCUAGACGUUGGAUUAGGUGUGUAGAUCAAAAGUCAGGUGAGGAGCACGUGUUUCGUGGUUAAAUAUGUAGCGAUGCUGGUGUUUAUAGUUGGAGAAUAAAGACUGCAAUGAGCGCCCAUGAAUUCUCCAGGCUUUCAGUGAGUAAGUGGAUUCAAAUGAAGGGUGUGAGCUAUUUUCCUUUUAAAAAACUUGGAAUUGUCGUUCAGCUUGGUAAAUAACGCAUUAAUUAUCCUCCUCUUAUGGGCUUAUGGGUGUGAUUUACUUGGAAUUUCUCCGAUUUUGGUUCAUUUUAUUUUCAAGCACAAAAUUUUUUCCUUUUCUCUUUCAUCAUUUGCAGGUGCUUUCAAAGUGAUAUAAGACCUCGUUUGCU